AUGGAGAACCAAACAAUUUCUAACAGCAUUCACAUUUUAGCAUUUUCCUAUAAUGGUGAGAAACAGCCUCUUCUUUCUAUUUUCUUUUUCUUCAUUUAUAUUAGCGGGGUAAUAAAUAAUCUUGUUAUGCUAACUGUAACAUACAAUGAUAUUCAUUUACAGACUCCUAUGUACUUCUUUCUCAGCAAUCUGGCCUUUGUAGACAUCUGCUACCCUACAACCACCCUUCCUAAACUGAUAGACAUAUUGCUUACAGGAAAUGACUCAAUAACCUUCAGACAAUGUUUUAUUCAAAUGUACUUUUUCUUGGCCUUUGCUGGAGUGGAAGUAACUUUAUUGUCUUCUAUGGCGUAUGAUCGUUAUGUUGCUAUUUGCAAGCCCUUAAGAUAUCACCUUAUUAUGAACAGAAAAAUAUGUAUGUUGCUAGUUGUAGGCACAUGGAUAUCUGGCUUUGUGAAUUCAUUGUUUUUCACAUGUAUGGCUUCAAAACUGUCAUUCUGCCAUUCCAAUAAAAUCAAUCAGUUAUUCUGUGACGUUAAAGCUCUGGCAAAAAUUUCUUGUGAUAUAAAUAUAUUUUCCAAUAUAAUCUAUGUGGAAGUAUUCUUAUUUGGACUCAUGCCAUUUUCUCUAAACCUUUUGUCAUACGUAAAUAUAAUAAGCAACAUUCUUCAUAUUAAGUCCAAUCAUGGCAGGAAAAAGGCUUUCUCCACUUGUACUUCUCAUUUGACUGUUCUCAUUAUUUUCUAUGGAAGUGUUCUAUGGAUGUACAUGAGGCCGCCUUCAGAAUCACCAAAUCUAGACCCAGUGUUCUCUGUGCUUUAUAUUGGACUGACUCCCAUGUUAAACCCCCUCAUAUAUAGUCUAAGAAAUAAAGAAGUAAAGAACGCACUUAUAAGUAUUGUGAAGAAACUGGAGGAUAUAUUUCUCAGGAUUUUUCAGGAUACCAGUUUUACUGAUAAAGAUCUACAACAAAAAGGUAAAGAUCCCAAUCAGUGUGGGAGUUAUCGUCCUAUAGCCUUGCUUGCCUCCAUAAUGCCCAGACUCAUCAACCCAGAUCAAGUGGGAUUUAUCCAAGGCAGACAAGCAGGGGAUAACACCAGACGAGCCAUCAACACCAUAGACCUGAUAAAUAAAACCCAAACGCCAGCGGUGAUCCUCAGCUUAGACGCGGAGAAAGUGUUUGACCGCUUGGACUGGUGCUUCAUGCUCGACUUGGUGCAACAAAUGGGGGUUUGA